AUGUUAGAAAGAGAGAUAUUCUUCAACGGAGAGGAUUUGGAUUUUGUUCAACGAAUACUUGAUGCUUGCCAUUCCUUUGCAAAACUCAUAAUGCAAGAGCUUGAUGACAAAUCUCUCAUUAGUAUUUUGGACAAGAAGUUAUCGAUGCAUGAUUUGAUGCAAAAAGCCGGUUGGGAAAUUGUUCGGAGGCAAAAUCAUAAUGAACCUGGAAAAUGGAGCAGAUUGUGGGAUCCUGACAAUGUUCAUCAUGUAUUGACAAAAAAUACGUGUCUUCCAAAGUUAGAAGUCAUCAAUCUCGGUAACUCUCAACACCUUCUGGAAUGUCCAAAUUUGUCUUCUGCACCAUGUUUGGAGCUGCUAAUUCUUGAUGGUUGUACAAGUUUGCUUGAGGUGCACCCACCAGUUACAAAGCUGAAGAGACUUACUAUCUUGAAUAUGAAAAACUGCAAAAUGCUUCACCAUUUUCCAAGCAUCACUGGAUUGGAAUCACUUAAAGUUCUUAACCUCUCUGGCUGCUCAAAACUUGACAAGUUUCCAGAGAUCCAAGGGUAUAUGGAAUGUUUGGUGGAGCUUAAUUUGGAAGGGACUGCUAUUGUAGAACUUCCCUUUUCAGUGGUGUUUCUCCCAAGACUUGUUUUAUUGGAUAUGCAAAACUGCAAAAACCUUACGAUUCUUCCAAGCAACAUUUAUUCUUUGAAAUUCCUGGGAACUCUGGUGCUCUCUGGCUGUUCAGGUCUAGAGAGGUUUCCGGAAAUCAUGGAGGUUAUGGAAUGUUUACAAAAGCUUCUUUUAGAUGGAAUAUCCAUAAAAGAGCUGCCCCCCUCAAUUGUUCAUCUAAAAGGCCUACAGUCAUUGAGUCUGAGAAAAUGCAAAAACCUCAAAAGUCUUCCGAAUAGCAUUUGCAGUUUGAGAUCCCUUGAAACCCUCAUUGUCUCUGGCUGUUCAAAACUCAGCAAAUUGCCAGAGGAGCUGGGGAGGUUGCAAUUCUUGAUGAAACUUCAAAUUUCAUCCCUUCUAUUCAGGUUACUGCAUAGAGAAAAUUCAGAUGGGAUUGGUUUGCAGUUGCCUUAUUUGUCAGGUUUAUACUCCUUAAAAUAUUUAGAUCUUAGUGGCUGCAAUCUAACAGAUAGAUCGAUCAAUGACAAUCUUGGCCACUUACGCUUCUUGGAAGAAUUAAACCUUAGCAGAAACAAUUUGGUUACCAUACCUGAGGAGGUGAAUAGACUUUCUCAUCUAAGGGUCCUUUCUGUGAAUCAGUGCAAAAGGCUUCGAGAAAUUUCCAAGCUCCCACCAAGUAUAAAAUUAUUAGAUGCUGGGGAUUGCAUAUCCCUUGAGUCUUUAUCAGUUCUAUCUCCACAGUCGCCACAGUACCUAUCGUCUUCCUCUCGCCUUCAUCCUGUUACGUUCAAACUGACGAAUUGCUUCGCACUAGCUCAGGAUAAUGUGGCAACUAUUCUGGAGAAACUUCAUCAGAACUUUCUUCCAGAAAUUGAAUACAGUAUUGUUCUUCCUGGAAGUACAAUUCCAGAGUGGUUCCAGCAUCCAAGUAUCGGAUCCUCAGUAACAAUAGAGCUGCCUCGAAAUUGGCAUAACGAGGAAUUCCUGGGUUUUGCUCUAUGCUGUGUGUUGUCACUUGAGGAGGAUGAAAUAAUUCAAGGCCCUGGUCUGAUUUGUUGUAAUUUUGAAUUUAAAGAAGGGCCUUAUUUGAGUAGCUCCAUCUCUUGGACACAGCGGAGACAGAGUGGUUGAGACUGAUCACAUAUGGCUGGUGUAUCAACCUGGUGCUAAACUUAUGAUACCCAAGUCCAGUAGCCUCAAUAAAUUCAGGAAGAUUACAGCUUAUUUUAGUCUCUCUGGGGCAUCCCAUGUG